AAUUCAAAAGGAGAGCACAAGUGUAACCAUUCGCGACGGACACGCACUGUUCAUCGUUACGUGUGAGCGUUUACCCUCUGAGUGAAGAACCGUGGACGUGGACACAAACCCAAGUCAUGAUUUUACGAGUCACGAUCUUUGUCGCUCUUUUGAGCUUAGCGAUCGAGGCGCAUAAGUAUCCGCAAACUUUGGACGAACGAGAACAAUGGAAAGAGUUCGAAGAGUUUCAGGAGUGGAAGAAAGCGAAGCAGUUCAGCGAAAGACGGUACGAAAAUAAAUACAAGAAAUGGCAUCCUGACAAUGAAAACCACGAUGUGGAUAAAGUUUACGAAAGGAACGAGAAAAUUCCCAACGCUAACCCACCAUCAGUCGAUGAAGCUGCUUUAAUGGCAAGAUACAUUGUCAAUCAGGCUGACUGGGUGUCCGUGGCUACUAUAAGCACGCGGAAGGAAAUCGAGUCUUCUCCAGCCGUAACCUUAGUUUCCUUCAGCGACGGUGAAUUAGGAAAUGGAUCGGGUAUUCCAUAUCUUUAUCUCACUCCUUUAGAUUUCACAGCCCAAGAUCUUGCCAAAGACAACCGAGCGUCGAUGAUGAUGACAUUGGCACAGGGAGAUUACUGUAAGUCGAAACAAUGGGACCCGAUGGACCCUCGUUGUGCCAGAGUACUUCUGAGCGGUAGAGUCAAAACGUUGAAGAAUGAAAGCGCCGAACUUGAAACAGCCAAAAAAGUUUUCUUCGCCCGUCAUCCGAAAUUAAGAAACAUGCCACCAAAUCAUAAUUUUUAUUUCGCCAAACUGAAGAUAACGUCGAUCGCUGUUUUGGAUACCUUCGGUGGGCCGAAAUACGUCACUACGAGAGAUUACCUACAUCCACCUGUUAAUAACGUUACGGAAGAAUUUAACCGACUGUUCCCAUUGCAAUCGUCCGAGAAUGAUUCACAGCAAGAAUACAUGCCAAUUUCUAACUAUUUGAAUCCUGUGGUCCGUAAUGUUUAAAAUAUGAUAUUACGCUUGUACAUAAUCUUGAAUUUUUUUAUGAUAUC